AUGAUGCGACCAGGUGGAUGGUUUUCUAUUAAUAAUAUUAUAGAUUCACAUAGUGAAGAUGAAUUAAAUAAUUAUGCUGUCAUGGCUUUGAAAUUUCGCGAUCUUCGUCUUGAUUUGAAUAAGAGAAAAGCAUUAAGCAAUACGAUUCUUAUCCUACUCGGUGAUCAUGGUUUGCAUGGUCAUAACUGGAAGGAACUAUGGAGAGAGUUUGAUCAUAGGAAUCCUUUUCUUCAAAUAUUACUUCAAAGUUUUUUUAUUGGAUUCAAUGAUAUUAUCAAACAUUUGAAUGAAAACAGUGAUAAACUUAUCACUCAUGGUGAUAUUUAUAUGACUUUCACACGAUUUUUUAACAGUUCAUUACCAUUAGUGUUACCAAAAGGGAUCAAUCUUUUUACACAAAAGAUAUCAGAUGAUCGCACUUGUCGAAUUGGACAGAUUCCUGGCAAAUGGUGUAAUUGUUGGAUACCAAAGCUGUGUCUCUAA